AUGCCAGAAAUGCUGGAGAACCUGCUAUGGUCCUUGAUUAUUGGACUGUUGAGGUCAGUAGUAGCUAUGUCAGCACAGGAAUGGGGAAUCUGCCUGAGGGGAAAAGGUGUAGCAUCUAUGACUGUGCCAGUGUACAUCGCAGAAGUGGCUCCGCCGCACUUACGAGGCAGAUUAGUCACCAUUAACACUCUCUUCAUCACUGGAGGGCAGUUUUUCGCAAGUGUUAUUGAUGGAAUCUUCAGCUACCUCGCCAAGGAUGGAUGGAGGUACAUGCUGGGCCUGUCAGCUGUACCAGCAGUUAUACAGUUUCUUGGAUUCCUGUUUCUUCCUGAAAGUCCCCGCUGGCUCAUUCAGAAAGGCCAGACUCAGAGAGCACGGAGAAUUUUGUCUCAAAUGCGUGGCAACCAGGCAAUUGAUGAAGAGUACGACAGUAUCAAAAACAACAUUGAAGAAGAAGAAAAAGAAGUUGGAGCAGCUGGACCUGUGAUCUGCAGAAUGCUAACAUACCCUCCAACUCGAAGAGCCUUAAUUGUGGGUUGUGGUCUGCAGAUGUUUCAACAACUGUCAGGGAUUAACACCGUCAUGUACUACAGUGCUACCAUUUUGCAGAUGUCAGGAGUGGAAGAUGACAGGCUUGCAAUCUGGCUGGCUGCACUGACAGCAUUUAUAAACUUCAUUUUUACUCUUGUGGGAGUCUGGCUUGUUGAAAGAAUGGGUCGCCGGAAACUUACGCUUGGUAGCUUAACAGGUACUGCUGUAGCACUCAUUAUCCUAGCUUCGGGAUUUUUGCUAUCAGCUCAGGUCUCGCCAAGAAUCACACUUAAUCCACCAGAUCCUUCACAUCAAAACUCUACCUGCACAAAAUACAGUUAUUGCAAUGGAUGUAUGUUAGAUCCAGACUGUGGUCUCUGCUACAAACUGAAUAACUCAAGUGUUGUUGAGUCCUCAUGCAUUCCUGUUGAUAAAGAUUCUACAAUGAAAGCAGCUUGGGGCAGGUGUUCAAAUGAAACCGUAUUCAAAAAGGAAGAUUUAUUUUGGGCAUACAAUUUCUGUCCCACUCCGUACUCUUGGACAGCACUUCUGGGCCUUAUUUUGUAUUUGGUUUUCUUUGCACCUGGGAUGGGUCCUAUGCCCUGGACUGUCAAUUCUGAAAUUUAUCCACUUUGGGCUAGAAGUACAGGAAAUGCAUGUUCUUCUGGAGUCAACUGGGUUUUCAAUGUGCUCGUGUCACUGACAUUUCUGCAUGCAGCUGAAUAUCUGACAUACUAUGGAGCCUUCUUCCUCUACGCAGGGUUUGCUGCCUUGGGACUGGUUUUCAUCUACGGCUGCCUUCCUGAGACUAAAGGGAAAAAACUGGAAGAAAUUGAAUCUUUGUUUGAAAACAGGCUAUGUACAUGUGGUAUGUCAGAUUCUGAUGAAGGAAGGUAUAUUGAGUAUAUUCGGGUGAAGGGAAGUAAUUACCAUCUUUCUGACAAUGAUGCUUCUGAUGUGGAAUAAUUUUCAGCUGCUGAUGUAUUUAAUCAUUUAAAAGCCUUCUGGGGGAAAAGCAGCUCUCUGAUGACCUCACUGCCCUGCUUCUGGUCUGGUUCUCCUUUCUACUGUGUAUUUAAAAAUGCCUUCAUGUUCAAUGCUCCAUUUGGGAGAAAAUUCUAGAUGCUAGCAUUUUCUUGAUAACUAAAAGCAAUGGCUUCCAAAAGAGAUUGAAUUCCACAAUUAUGUGACUUCACCGAGUGUGUGUGACACUGCUCCAUCCCCAGAUGUUUAGGAGGGUGCACUGUACCAGAUGAAUACAGAAGGCUAUCCAAGAUGGUCAGGGGUUGUCCUUAUCUGCAAUACUGACAAAACCUAAAAUAGUUGAGUGGCUGAUGAGAGAGCAGCUGGCAGGUGUCGGAUCCCCAUCCCAUAGGAGCCAAGGAAGAAGCUCUGCUGUGCAGUAUAGCAAAGGAUGAAUGCAUAAGCUGCUGUAACAGUAACCAUUUCAUAGGGUUAACUGAUCAGCAAAACACAAAUACCUGCUGUAGCCAUCAGUGGGACAUUUCCCAAAUUUACCCAAAGAGAAUUUACAUUAUUUAUUUGAGAUAGCAAGUAGAGAGCCAUACUCACCUUGACGGGGGUUCACUAGGGUGGUGUGUGUCUGUGCUACACCGGGUUAUCCACCCACAACUACUCCUGAGUACAGGCUGCAGCUGAGAGUUUAUGUUUGUGAGAAAAACUGGAAAAAUUAAUUACUGAUAGCAGGAAAACAGAGCUCAGUAUGUGGCUGCACUUACAAAUGUACUGGUAUAUAAUGCCAGGUACAACAUAGAGGUUUCAGUUUAAAAAAAAUUGUAUUUGUUUUCCUUUUUAGCAUUUGAGCAUACUGGUUUGUGCCUAGUUUUGAACACAAAAAUACCAUUAGCUAAAAGAAAGAUAAGGAGGGGAGAGGGUUUGUGCUGCUAAAUGCACAGUGGUCAUCCCUCCUGUGCCUUUUGCUUGUGAAUAAUUAUUGCCUUCAGUUUAGCUCCAUAUGUGCUGAGCAAAUGACUCCCAGCACAUUUUUCUUCAAAUUUCCUUAGUCAGUUUUGGUGUGUUGCUGGAUCUAAAGAGAAAUAUUAGCCAUGGGCAGAAGCCUGCGUCUCGUAUUAAUUGCCUUACCAAAGCAUUGCAAACUUGUCAAGAAAAUGUCAGGCACAAAACUAACUUGGCUGCCUUUAGCAUGGUAAUGAAAAUAUGAACUAUAUUUUCUUUAUUCGCCUGCCACGAUUGCUUCCCUUGGAAAAUUGAAUUUUAUGCAGCUACAUAAAAAUAUUAUGUUUUUUUUUUCUUUGUCCUGUCCUCACUGCUUUAAGUCUUCAAAGAUAUGAGUUUGAAAGCAUCAAUAAUUCAAAUUCUUAUCUUUGAAACAUUUGCUUCAUGAAAGAAUGUGGAAAAAUUCCUCUGCCUGUGGGCUGAUGCCCAUUUAUUUGGUAAAAAAUACAUUUUUCAUUGUGUAAAGAUUAAAGAAGUCAUUAGUUUCAUUAGCUUUUAUAGAUUUGGUUUAUGGGUUUUUCUUAGGUUGAAAAAUAUUUUCAAUGUUGGAUUGCUAUCAAAAUCAAGCCUGAACAUUUGUUACUAAAUUACUGGAUAACAUGGGAUUUUGUUGUUGUAAAGAAGUCUGACAUUAUGUUAUCUAAUCUUCUGUGGGGGGGAGUUCGUAUCCUCCAAUUAUUGACCUUCAGGGAUUGGGUGUGUUUUGGUUUCUUUUCUUUUCUCUUUUUUUUGUUAAUCAGAGAAAUAUUUUUGGAAAGAAAACAUUUUAAGGACUCCUUCUGUGACUUGACUGGGGCUAAAAGGGAAAAACAUAGUAGACAGAGGGAAUUUCAAAUUAAUCUUUGCAAGGAGUGGCUCAACCUUGAACAUCUCCUGUGUUGUGAGAGGGCUGGAUUCUCAUGCCUUCCAUCUUGCCUCCCUUUUAAGCGCACAAUAUUUUUAUGCUUGAAAGCACCAGCUGUAGAAAAUGCUGAGGUCUCCAGAUCUAUCUGUUGAAAGUGCUGAGGUCCUCAGACCUCCCUACAAAUUCCCCUGCUGCAGGAUGUCUCCAUUUGGCUGUCACCUCUUUGAAGCUUUCACUCAAGGUGCAGUACCUGAAAUGAGAAAAAGAGAUACUUGGCACAGAGAAGAACAAAAUCUUUUCAAGGAGACAUUGACCUUUUUCUGAAACCAAAAAAUUGUGUUUGAAGACCGGUAUUUGAAGCAGUUUUGUUACCUAGAGCAGUGUGUGAAUAGGUGUAUAACAGCCAACCUGUGCUUACGCACUUGAGAUGUUUAAGUGGCUAUUUACUGGCUUCUGGGAUGGGGACUUAGGGUUCUGAUGGUCCCAAAAGCAUGAGCCCACACUCACCUUCACACCUGGGAGCAUUCCCUUGCUUGGUGUGUUUUCCUGGAGGAGGAGCAAGGCAGGACCUGGUGUGCCAGUGCCAGCCCCGUGUCAGUGCUAACCUUGUGUCCACAGGGAGAGGGAACGCUGCAGGUAUGGGCAUAACUGAAGUGGAGCUGCUGGGAAGGUCACUGUCAUGGGGUCAGCAGCCUCUUCUAUUUUGCAGGCAGUUCUGGGGCUUUUUAGCAGCAGAAGAUCAUCUCUCUCUGCCAGCCUUGUUUCAUGGACCUUCCCAAAGGAGCGCUCAGUCGUGUACAGCACUGGGCUCAUUUUCUCACGCAGGUUCCGUCUUACUGAAAAUGGUUUUCUGAAGGUUUGUAUCCCCUGUCCUUUCUCACAAGACACAGCAAUUGAAACAUGCAUUUUAUUCCUCACUGCUACUGGUCAUGAGGAUACAAAAUACAUUGGCUUCUUUAUUAUCCCUCCCUGUUCUGUGCCCA